AUGAGCGGUCGGCUACCAUUCAGUCAGUCUUUCUGGGAGGAGUUUCUCAUGGGUCGUGAGGGCCAUUUACCUGUUCUGCCGGAGCUAUCCCAUGUCAGUAAAGGCGUUAUUCGGAUCUUAGGUGGAAACCCAGGUAGCAUGCAUCUUCAAGGUACAAAUACAUAUCUCGUUGGAACUGGCAGGUCGCGCAUCCUGAUAGAUACAGCUCAAGGCCUCCCUGCCUGGAUAAACCGCAUAUCGUCGUUUCUGUCAACACAAAAGAUUGAGCUUUCCUACGUUCUCCUUACCCAUUGGCAUGGGGACCACACCGGCGGUGUCCCAGACUUGAUUGCACGAAACUCUUCCCUAGCAAACAAAAUAUACAAAAAUCAACCUGACUCAGGCCAAAGUCCAAUCACACAUGGGCAAAUUUUCUCCGUGGACGGCGCGACCGUGCGUGCGAUCCUUACACCCGGACACUCAGUAGAUCAUAUGUGCUUUCUGUUGGAGGAAGAAAACGCCCUUUUCACGGGGGAUAAUGUUCUAGGUCAUGGCUUCAGCGUCGCUCAGGAUUUAGGACGGUAUAUGGAUAGCCUAAGAGAUAUGGCUUCAUUGGGCUGCAGGAUUGGAUAUCCGGCACAUGGGGCUAUGAUUGAAAACCUACCAGGGAAGCUAGAGGAAUACAUCCAGCAUAGAGAGGGGCGGGAGCGGAUGAUGUUAUCCGCGCUGACAAGGCAUCGGGUCCGAGGUGAAGGGACCAGGGAUGAAAGGGUCAAAUACGGGCUAACGCUGAAUGAAAUUGUGCUGGCGGUAUAUGGAAGAUUACCACAGGAGGUAAUUGAGAAGGCUUUGGCGCCAUCGUUACUGCAGGUGCUGUGGAAAUUAACUGAAGAUCGGAUGGUGGGGUUUAAGCCAGGGGAUCCUCUCAAGCGACAAUGGUUUGCAUUAGAACAGAGACAACGAAACAAAGUACGUGGGUGUCGUGGCUAA